AUGCAUGCAUUUAAGGCCCAGAACGACCACGUCAAAAAGGGUUUGCAACAAGCAUACGCUUCCAAAGUCCCUGGCGAAAUUCUCGAUGUAUUUUGCGUAUCCAACACCAUAUACGAAAAGUACACCCCCAAAGGCAACAGGGAACUUGUCGCGGCCAGCGAAAUCCCGGACGUCCGUCGCUUUUGUCGCAGCAUUACGGCCGAGGCUAGGUAUCGCGAGGCGUGCCAUUUCAUGCAUUCGUCCAUGCCCAGCCUCCUCAGCACCCUUAAGCUAUGGAUAAACAGCUACACCGCCAGGGCUGUCGAAACGAAUGCGCGAAACGAAAAGCUGAACGACAAGAUUCGCGAUGCGCUACGGAACGCCACAGCCCAGGUACAGUCGUCCCGCUAA